AUGAUUUGUUUCUCUAUAUACUGUAUACACAAGGUGACUAAGGACAACAUUGUGAAGCUUGCUGAUGUUGGACAGACAAAACAAGAGGAGAAGAUCACAGGGACAGUAACUGGAACUGCCAGCUAUGCAGCACCUGAAGUAAAGGAACGUAAGGUGUAUGACAAGAGUGCGGACAUCUACAGCCUGGGCCUCAUCCUGUGGGAGAUGUGGUACGGAGUCCCCCUGUAUGGACUUGGAGAUUCUGACUAUGCUGCAGAGAUGGAAGAAUGUCUGAGGGAAGGGAAAAACAUCAGGAUGCCAAAGUGGAAAGGUACAGUCCCCCCCAUCCCUGGGUGGACUAGGCUGAUCCACCACUGUCUCAAGAAGGAUCCAAGCGAAAGACCAGAGAUUCAGGAGUGUCUGGAGAAGAUCUCAGGAUUUGCAAUUGACUAGAGUAAGAAAUUGACAAAACCAGUGAUUUCCACUUUGUUAGAAGUACAGUUUUAAGUAGUGAUUGCAAGCCAAAAAGCAGUUACUCAAGCAACUGGAUAU